AUGAAGGACGUUACUGUCAUGGAAUCAGCUGCGUCAAUUUUGUGUGAAGGUGAAGAGAAAAACGAAAUUUGUUUAAAAGACUUAGAUAUUGCGCCAAUUGAAGCUGCUGCUUUGUUUGUAUUUCUAAGUCACAUCACGAAUUUGCACAAGCUAACCAUGUCUAAUUGUGGCAUAGAGCAUUUAGCCACUCGUGAAUUAAUCAACAGGUUAAUAACCAAUCCUAUCAGCAAAUGCGAACUUAGUGAAUUAGAUAUAAGAGGCAAUAGAUUGGAAUAUGAAGGCAUUAAAUCCUUCAGCGAAGCCCUGCAAAAUGCCAACUGCAAACUCACUAUGCUAAACAUUUCCAAUAACAAACUGACACAAAGAGGUGCUGAACAUUUAAUUGAUGCUCUGAUUGUUGAGAACUGUAAACUUACUAAACUAAACAUUUCUGAAAAUGAACUAAACGAUGAGAGUGCUAAACAUUUAAGUGAUGCCCUGAAAAGUCACAAAUGCAACCUUACUUAUCUAAGCAUAGCUAGAAACAAACUAACGGAAAAAGGUGCUAAAUAUUUAAGUGAUGCUCUGAAUAGCGGCAAUUGCAAACUAACAAAACUAAACUUGGCUGGAAACGAAAUAACACAUCGCGGUGCUCAAUGUUUAAGCGAUGCUCUGAUUAGAGGGAACGGUAAACUUACUAACCUGAACAUUUCUGAUAAUAAAGUAAACGAUGACGGUGCUAAACAUUUAAGUUAUGCGCUGAAAAGUGACAAGUGCAAACUUACUAAACUAAAUGUGUCGGGAAACGAACUAACAGAUGAAAGCGCGAGACAUUUUAGUCAAGCUUUUAAAACUUCCAACUGCAAACUUGCCAAAUUUAACAUCUCGGUAAACCAACUGACAGAUGACGGCGCCAAAUGUUUAACUGCUGCUCUAGCUGAGAAUGACCAUGGCACAGUACUUAACAUGAAAAGGAAUCACCUUACGGAUGAAGGUUCUGGGUACGUAGGCGUUGCUAAUAAACGAUGCAAUAUCAGCUGA